CUCUCCCUCCCUCCCUCUCUCUCUGAUGAGGUCCAGACCUGAUGAGGGUCUUUCUUCCUCCACAUGCGCUGGUCGGUCCUGCCGCCGGGGGGCGCUGUGGGGCUGCCGAGGAGCCGCUGAGCCAGCGGGGAGUCCGGGGGAGGAGGAGGAGGAGUAACCGGACACCGACUCACGGAGCGGCUCCUGGCCGGUCAGAGCGCAGCGGAGUCCGGCGGCAGCAGCACGGAGCAGCGGGGCGACGAGCAGAAUCACACCGACGACCGGAGGCUCCGGUGCUUCCCCCCGGACUUGAAGGGCUUUUAACGGCUUUCAGCUUCUUCUCGCGCCGCUCUGCCGCGCACCGUGGAGACAUAACGGAGUUCCGUGAAGUGGAGAAGUACCGACCCCGGCCCCGGCCCGCCGCCGGCAGCCUGACAGCCGCCGCCAUGAAGAAGAACAACUCCGGGAAACGGGGUCCGCAGGACUCGGUGUCUCAGAACCUGCAGCCCGACAAGGUGGGCUGGAUCCGGAGGUUCUGUGGGAGGGGCAUCUUCAGAGAGAUCUGGAGGAACCGCUUCCUGGUUCUCCGAGGAGAUCAGCUACUCAUCUGUGAGAAGGAGCUGAAGGAGCUGGGUCGGGCUGAUGAGCUGUUGGACCUGUCGGACUACGAGCGAUGUGAGGAAAUCAAGAAGAACAAGAGUCGCAGCAAGAAGAACCACAGCAAGUUCAGACUGCCGCGCUGCAGCACGCCAGGGAACACGGCUCCUAACCUGGUCCUUCUGGCUGUGAGUCCGGAGGAGAAAGAAUCCUGGAUCAACGUCCUGAACGUGGCCAUCACCAGAGCCAAGAACAGAAUCCUGGAUGAGGUGACGGUUGACGACUCGCAGCUGUCGCAUCUGACUCGAGAUCGAGUGAAGAUUCCUCACAACCGUCGGCUGCCGACCCGGGGCCACCUGCUGGCCGUGGCCUCGAUGUCCUCCUCCGACGGGAUGCUGACUCUGGAUCUGAUCCAGGAGGAGGACGUUCCGUCUAAGGGAGUCAACGUCUGCGACGGGUUCAGGGAGGACCAGGACAAAACCCGCCUCAGUCCAGAGACUACCAGGUCCAAAACCGACGGUGCUCUCUCUACCCGGACCGCUGAGGCUUCUGGGAAAUCCCAUAGCCUUCCUCGUGAGGUGGCGGUGGUGUGGGAAAAGACCUGUCCCAGCCGAACCCCUCAGCCACGAAAACGUCCGACGACUGCGGAGAAGAAUCGCUGCGUCUCUAUGGAUGAGAUUCUGUCACAUUCGGAGAUUAAAGUGACGAAGAACAAGACGGUGGUAAAGUCCCGUUCGCAGGCGUCGACACCGACAAGCAACACGACGCCGAUCAAGCAGCUGCAGGAGCUGAUCGGCCAGAAGCUGGAGAAGACGGAGCAGCUGCUGACGGAGGUGCGUGGGGAGGCGGAGGGGAAGCUGAAGUGGAAAGAGUCGGCUGAAGCCGAGAGACUCCUGAAGGAGGCGGCGGCAGCCUGGAGUCAGGCCCAGGAGGUGCUGGAGGAGGUGAAGGAGCUGAGGGCGUUGUACCGACAACUGGACUCCUCGUUCAACAGCAACAAACUGAACCCAGACCGCAAGAGCCUGAUGUGACCAGGAGCUCGUGACUGAGUGAACGGUCUGGUCCCGGACUGAAAACUAGAUGAACCACUUUUAAAUUAUUUGGAAAAAAAUUCAGGUUUUGAUUUUCAGCCGUCACGGACCAAGACUGUCCUGCUGACGGACACAGCUCCAUGUCCCGGGAUCAUCUUCCUCAGAAAAAACGUAUAGCAUCGGUCUUGCCGCAGUCGUCACUUACCGGACGUCUCGAAUCGGAGGGAAUGAAAAUGUGCCAAGGAGAGUUCAGAGAUGAAAAGUGUUUUUCUCUUGAUCCAUUUUUAUUAUGCUUCAGCUGUGAGAACGUGUGACGCAGCUGGACUCUGGACAAGCGCAGGGUCCAGUCGGAGGACUCCUCUGGACGAGGGGUGGAGCGGUUCACACAGUUCACGGUUUGUGCGAGUUCAGUACAGUGGGAAAAAAAGCAACAAAAAAACCCAAAUGCAAAUGUUUCUUUUAAUUUAUUGUACGAUGACAGUUUGUUCCACCUUGUGUCGUCUCCCCUGAGGAGCCGGUGCAGAGUGAACAUAGUCUCUCCAUUGGUCACAUCUUUAAAUGAAUGAUAUAUAAUGUAGACAAAUAAGUCACAAUGGGCCACAAAACUGAAAAAACAAACAUGUUAUAUAUAUGUUGUAAAAGUACAGGAUAAAUAUAACCUGUGCAUUAGGCCGUCACACUGUCACGUGUUGCCGACUCAGCCAAUCAGCUGGAGCUUCACACCGGACGCCACGCGGAUUAUUGACGUGACAAGAUCACACACAGUAUGUCAACGCAAAGACGCACCUGGACGGAAACUUCGCGGCACUGACUCGGGCGACACGAACGGUGCGAUGUGCUCAACUCAAGCGUCAUAUUCCUGUGACACGACAGCCAACGAGUGUUGUGAACGCAGCAUUACAGUUUAAGGUGUCCGGAAGGGAACUCUCGCGUGUGAACUUUUUGGGUUCCGCAUUACCGUCAUCAAUCUCCGUACCUUAUUUUUAUACAUUUAUAUACCGCGUAUUCUCCCUAUGUGCGCCUGCACUGAGCCGUGACGUCCGUACUGUUCCAACCCUCCUCUGGAUGGGACGGUUCCUGAUGAACCUUCAUCACCUCGGUGGACGAUCGAUACAAGUUAAAGAUUCAGCUGAUGAUGAUGAUACUCAGCUUGUAUCAGGGUCUGGUACUAACAAAUCUUUUGACUCCAUCUUGGAGCCGACUGCAGAGGAGGCAAUCUACUUCCUGUUUACACAUGGAUGGUUCACGUGACGUGUUUUCAGGUGCGUCAGUGUGGACGGAGGUCGUUUUAGUUUUGUGGGCGGAGCUGGAGCUGAGAAGAAUCUUUAAUGGUCAAACUUUGACCUGCAGACGCUUCAGUCUUUUCAAAUGUCUAAUCUGAAUUUAUUUUUCUGUGUGAAGUUUCUGAAAAACCUGAUUCUGUUCAGAGGAACGAUCAUGAACUGAACAAAUUUAAGAUUCUGAAGUUUUAAUUCAGACUCAAACUGUUUCUGUUCUAAUCGAAUUAGUUCAGCUUCAACGUCCGAAAACAAUGAAUCUCUACCUUGACACAAACAUGAAGACUUUGUUUUUUAUAAAUCUAUAAUCUAAUAAACAUUUUGGUCUGAAACUGA